UCCAAGAAUUCGAAGAAUGCUCAAAUGUUCGAAUGCUCAAAUGUUCGAAUGCUCAAGAACUCCAAUUAUUACAGCGUUUUCUCUUUGAGAAAAGGAGUCAUCCCUACGUAUGAGUACUGUUCAUCUAUUUAUAAGGACGUGAGGGUAUACAAGUUAAUAUAAAAUUACAUCUAUGACCAUCAUCGUCUUUUCCCUUUGCAAACGUUAUGCGGAUGCAAAUUAAGGCCCGUUUAGUUUGAAGUACUAAAGAUUGGUCCCUCAAUUUGUCACAUUUAGUCCCUAAAUUGUCAAACAGUGGGACUAAAACAUGGACUAAACUAUUUUAGUUUUUAGUGCCUCAAGGGGUGACUAAAAGGGACUAAACCAUAUAAAUUCUACUUUUUGUCUCUCCUUUAUUUUAGAUACACUAAUGGUGGGAGAAUGUAAGGGAUAUUUUAGUUCUCUUAUGAUUCAUUUAAUGUGUUUUGAAUAAUUUUAAUCCCUAAAACCAAACAGGAAAACCAAACAGGGUAGGAAUUAAACUUUAGUCUGCUAACUAAAUUUUAAUCCUCAAACUAAAGGAACGAGGCCUUAAUCCCUCCUUUAUUUCCCUGGUGCUUCCUUUCUGUGCCGCAAGAUGCUUCAGCUAGACGUUGAUGCCGAAACUUCCUCGUUCUCUCUUUAGUCUAUAUUAAUAACCUUUGGCAAAUAUGAAUCGGUUAUCCCUAAAACAAAUUAAAUCAUAAAGUGGUUAAAAUUUAUUAGUUUUUGAUUACCUUCGGCAAACAGGUGAUAUGCCGACUAGGACCCGAUGUCUAGGAACAUUUAUAUCUCCGGAGACUAUUGGUCGCCAGUCGCCACGCGCACUCACCGCUAUCUUGAUGAUUGUGUCUGUCUCGCUCUCGCUGCUCCGUUCCUGUUCUUCCGCUCCUUCUCCCCACCUCGUUUUGGCUGAUCAAAGUUCUUGUUCGCGAACACUUUCCUCUGCCUGACACUCUGAGUUCUUGGUUAAUGAGCCUGUAUAGACCCAUCGGCCAUCACCAGUUCACUACUCGCCAAUCGACAUGUCAGGACAGAGCUCAAGCUCCUAUGGUGACACUGAUCCUGGCACAGACAGGGCAUACAGCACCACCUCCAGCAGCAUCCGGUGGGGUCCGCACGGCCGCGGCAUGACGGCCUGCCUCGUCGUCGUCAAUGUCGUGCUCGUCGCCCUCGUCUACCUCUACUUCUGGAGGGUGUUCUCCCGCAGAAGCGCCGCGUCCCCCUCAGCAGCUAACCCCACGGACCACGACGACGAUGCGUCUUCCACAUCGACGCCGCCGUCGCCGCUAUCGUCCCAGGACCAGCACGGUCGCAUCGUGGCGUCGCUGCCGACGUUCGUCGUGCGCUCCGGGUCCGGCGCCGGCGCCGAGUGUGCGGUGUGCAUCGCGGAGCUGCGGGACGGCGACGAAGGGCGCGCGCUGCCGCGGUGCGGGCACCGGUUCCACGCGGCGUGCGUCGACGCUUGGCUGCGGCUAUAGAUGGCCAAACGGGCCGUGCUAAAUGGGCCGGCACUAAGCACGGCACGGCCCAUAGUGCUUCGGCACGACACGGGCACGAUUCAUAUAGUGCCAGUGCCGGCACGACACGAGUCUAGUGCCGUGCUUGGGCCGCCACCCCGGCACGAUGGCCUGGCACGAGCACGACACGAUUAACUGGCCGGCACGGUUAGGCACGACUUAGACCAACAUGUGGUUUAUAAAUGUGAUUGUGAUAUGUGUAUGGGGUUGUACAUUGUUAUUUGUUGUGAUUUACACAUAAUGAAUUCACUUUAUAAUGAUAUAAAUAUUCAAGUUUUAAAAUUA